AUGAGCCCUCCGGCGCGCCCCAUCUCUCCACGGACAACCCCAGAGAAGGGCGAAGUUGCUGAACGGGAGAGUGCGCCUCCGCCACCACCAGACGACCUUCCACCCCCAGCGCCACCAGACUUAGCGAGGCUUCCCCCGAAGCCGCCAGCUCCCUUGGACAGGUAUUCGCCGCAGCCAGUUCCUCCUACGCUUCCCAGACUCGAGUCAGACCUUCGAGCUGCAGCGUCCGCUGUGUCGCAGGAGCAGCAGACGAAGGAGGGUCGGCCUGCAGCAGUGCGUCGCCCGAAGCGGAAGGCCGUACAUAGAACCAGAGAGCAGGAGCGAGAAGCCUAUGGUCGCAUCUUCGUAGGCUGCGGACAACAGACUGACUAUACUGUGAUGACCAAGCUCGGUGAAGGUACCUUCGGAGAGGUGCAUAAAGCCAUACACCGCGAGAAGGGCCAUACGGUCGCUUUGAAGCGCAUUCUCAUGCACAAUGAGAAAGAGGGCAUGCCCGUCACAGCCUUACGUGAGAUAAAGAUUUUGAAGGCUUUGCGCCAUCCAUGUAUUGUUGACAUCCUGGAUAUGUUCGUCGUUCGAAGUCAUGGCAAGGAGUCACCGCUAUCGGUGUACAUGGUGUUCCCGUACAUGGACCAUGACCUUGCUGGUUUGUUGGAAAAUGAGCGCGUGAAGCUGUCUCCCAGUCAAAUCAAGUUGUAUAUGAAACAGUUGCUGGAGGGCACUGAGUACAUGCAUCGGAAUCACAUCCUACACCGAGACAUGAAGGCUGCGAACCUGCUCAUCUCGAACGACGGAUGCUUGAAGAUCGCCGACUUUGGUCUUGCGCGUGCAUUCGACCCUAGCAUCGUCCGGGUGAAGGAAGACGCUCGAGGCAAGGAGCGCAAGUACACGAAUUGUGUCGUCACUCGGUGGUACCGACCUCCCGAGCUGCUGCUUGGUGCCCGACAGUAUGGCGGUGAGGUAGACAUGUGGGGCGUAGGCUGCGUACUGGGUGAGAUGUUCUUCCGGAAACCAAUCCUUCCUGGAGCGUCGGACCUCGACCAGCUCGACAAGAUCUGGCAGCUUUGUGGUACUCCGACCGCACAGAGCUGGCCCGAGUACGAUCUACUUCCUGGAUGUGAGGGCGUGAAGAAGUUUCAAGUUCAUUAUCGGCGGUUGCGGAAGACCUACGAGUCUAUAGGUCCCGAGACUGUUGACCUCCUAGACAGACUGUUGGUCUGCAAUCCAAGGGAUCGGCUGACGGCCUCACAGGCGUUAGACCAUGACUACUUUUGGACAGAUCCUCUUCCAGCAGACCCCAAGUCCUUGCCAUCUUACGAGGCAUCCCAUGAGUUCGACAAGCGUGGUAGACGCCACCAAGCUCCAGCCGGACCACCUGUUCCUCCUGCAGAAGGUCCUCCGAGACCUCUUGCGAUGCCUCCAGGCAUGGGCAUGCAUGGUCGCCCACCCCCGCCGCGUGAGUCGUUUAGAAAUGGCCCACCCCCAGUCCACUACUCCCAGCCACCGAUGCCCGGGGCCCCUGCAAUGUACGGAACACAUGCGCUUCCCUACCUACCGCCUCGACAAUACCAACCUCCGCCACCUCCCACCCUCCCGCCUAUAUCCAUACGCCCUGGUCAACCCCCACCACAAAUCAUCCCUAUGGGCAUGGGCAUGGGCCAGCCGUUGCCGCCACCGCCACAUGCAUACGGCAGGCUCCAUCCCGCACACCUGCCCCCACGACCGCCUCUGCCGGUACCCUCAGGACGUCCAAGUGGUCCUGGUCCAGGACAACGCCAUGGUGGAUAUGGAGGUGCGGGAGGUGAGCUGAACUACGGUUGA